AUGUGGAAAAUUCCCAUAUUUGUUCUGCUCAUCCACAUUUGUCGGUGUGAGGAGAAGUCCAGUUUACAUAUUAAUAUUGAGUUGGAAGAAGAACUACCUAGAACUACCAUAGUGGCUGAAAUGGACAAACUAAUUGCUCAUCAGCUGACUCAUGUUCACAGACAACUUGAAGAAGGGGCUCAAAUAGCUCAAAUGACUGUGCAAUUCCUGGAGCCCAAUAACUUAUUCUACUUACAUUCCACUCAAUCAGGUAAGCAACUUUUGCGAGUUAAAACGCGUGUGGAUCGUGAAGCUGACUGUGUGGAUUCAAGCAUAUGCUGUCAGGCUAAGGCUAGUUUCCGGACAUCAGCCCCAGGGGUUGAUUCAACCAUUUCGACAACUACGGAAUCUGGGUCAUGUACACUUGUUUUACUAUUUUUGACAGAACUAACAUUGAAAACGUCAUCGGAUUUUUACACCAGACAACAGUUGGUUCAACUGAAUAUCUAUCUUUUGGAUGUGAAUGAUAACGCUCCCAGCUGGCAGACGCAUUCUUCGGUCUCCGUGAGCCUUCAAAAUUUAAACGAAUCUCAAGCAGUUCGCAACAGAUUACUACCUACGGCUCCGGCUAUUCCUAGGCUGGACUUGAGUGUGCCCGAACACACUGCAAUUGGGACCAGAAUUUCCCUUCCCUCUGCUGUUGAUCCAGAUGCCAGUCCAGAAAAUACAACUUCCUCCUAUGGUAUCGAGACUCAAAGUAUGCCUGACGCUUUUGUGCUAGACUGGGACAGGACAAUGACCGGGCUUACAUCUCCGGAUAACCCGGCAUCCAGUUUGUGGCUCGUGGUUAACAGAGAUCUCAGUCAUGAUGAGCAAUCGGAACACCAUGUAAUUGUCUACGCUUCAGACGCUGGAAGACCAAAACCACUGACUGGAUAUUUGUUGAUUAACAUCUCCGUAACCGAUAUUAAUGAUCAUCCACCCAAAUUUUUGAAGCGAUCAGAUAUGGUUUCUGUUCGAGAACACACAACGGUGGGAACGAGCAUCUAUCAACCCACAGUCCACGAUGCUGAUCCUUCGGACAGAUUGCGCCUAACUUUUGGUUUCCGUCCAUCAACCUCGAGUGUGUCCCGGCAGCGAUUUCAUGUUGAUCCUAGGAAGGGGGAGAUUUCAAUUCAUGGUGUGGUCGACUAUGAACAGUCACACUUUCAUCAACUUUUUAUCUUCGUUUCCGAUGGCAAAUGGACAGAUGAAAUGGAACUAGAUGUGCAUGUUAUCAAUAUAAACGAUCACGCCCCGGAAAUUCAGUUGCAUUCGCAUCUGGUCACGGGGUUACCGGAUCUCAUGGACUACCAUGCCAAUGUACCUUAUGCGCAAUUAACAGUUUUGGUCCUUGAGAAUGGACCGAAUGACCAACUGAUUGCAACAAUGACUGUGACGGACAAGGAUUCGACUGCCGAAUUACGCGCCCGAAACUUCAUCACUAUGGGAAAACAGAAGGAAGUUCUGCUAUCAGAACCUUACGUUCAGCGGACAGUAGAUCCUCUGGUAAAUAUCCUACAGCCAGUUUGUUCAAUUAGCAACCAACAAUUUAAGAUAGAGCCUCUUGUAGUCGAUGGAGUAAAACAAAUGGAGGAGAAAUUCCGGUUUAAAAUAUCGCUAGCGGGAAAAUCGUUGGAUAGAGAGAAACAACCACGUGUGGUGGUAAAAAUUAUCUGUCAUGAUCAAUACGACCAUCAACAAUCGAUUGUCCAACAAACGGCGCCCGAAUUUAGAAGCUACGUUCAUCAACAGAGUGGACAGAUUCGCACAGCUACUGCACUACUGAGGAUAAUUGUCUCUGAUGAAAAUGAUUCCAAACCUCAGUUUCUUGGGCCUUUGACUGCACAACUGUCAGAGGAUGCACCAGUUGAUACACUUGUUGCUAGACUCAAGGCUACUGAUGAAGAUGACCCCCAUACGAGUGCAGGUAACCUAGGACUACGUUUUCAGCUUAUCCAGCCAUCGAGGUAUAUUCCAUCAAAGAAGACUGAAAAAGAUGAAGAAAACAAUAAACCAACAGAUAUCGGUAAAGUUAACGGACUUGAGCUCCCUCCCGAACCAUGGUUCAAUUUAAACUCUGUGACUGGGGAACUAAAAGUAUUGGUAAAGUUUGACCGCGAGCAAGUCAGAUCAAUUUUAUUGACAGUAGAGAUACGUGACGGUGGGAAUACGGACCAAUCAAUGCUGCCCACAGAGAACACCCGGAUGAAAAUCAAUAACCACUCAACAAUUAACCGAAUAAAUGCAACCGUGACAAUUGACAUCAAGGAUGCAAAUGAUUGUACACCGAAAUUCUCUCAACAGCUUUAUGAAUUUAACAUAACUGAGGACGCCGUUCCACCAAUGCAUGUUGGCAGACUGGACGUGACAGACUGUGAUGUGGAUGAUACCAACAGUCAAAUAACCUACUGGCUGCAGACGGGCGCUGAGGCUAUGAGUAUCACCCAGUCGCCCCAAGAGCUUAUUUACAAGCAAUCACACUCAGAUGCAAACAUACAUUCCUGGUUUUCGGUUUCCAAAUCCGGUGACCUCUUUUUACGUACCCCACAAACUUCAAUCUAUUCAGCUGGGACCCUCAGUAGCGGAGCAUUCACCCCUUUGGACAGAGAACGAAAUGAACUGAUUGUGAUGGACGUAUUUGCUCGAGACGCAGGUUCUCCGUCACUCACAGGGUCCGCCCAGCUAUUAAUAAGGGUGCUUGACGUAAACGAUCAUGCACCGGAAUGGGAAUUUCCAAAGCCACUUAAUCGGAUGGUAAACCUGUCCUUGGACACAGCGAUUGGCAGUCGCGUUGCACAGGUCAGCCUAAUUUUUAUUUUGUCAAGUUCAGUUGUCCUGUAUUCUGCUUACGUAGAUCAGAAUUAA